CUUUUGCUGUCUACAUGCUAUACAGCCAAAGUUCAGUGGUUUUUAGACUUUCAUAAAUAUAAAAUGGCAAGUUUAGAGAGUCCAGAUCCUUACUCAACGAACGGUCAUGGACGAGAUACUAGUGCACGUCUCCACCCCAGCAACCCGACGAAAUGAUGAACUGUUCCGCAACCUAGCCAAGGCCUAUUACGACUUUGAACCAUUUGAACUUCCCGUCCAAAAUAGCGAUACGAGAGGUCAAACCCAGGAACUUCUCGGUCCAGAGUUUUCUAAUACUAUAUCUACCACACCUGGCCCCGCCCAAGCUCUUACGGAUUCACUGAGUCUGUCAUGGGUGUCUUCAGCGGAUAUAGAUGCUCAACCGGAUGGUGGAGCUCGAAAUCGAGAACUCCAUAUUGCUCAACAUUCAUUUCCCUCUACGAUAGACUGUACGCAGCUCACUUUUGGAAUCGAGCAACCAGAGCGAAAUCAGACCGGAUGGAAAGGCAUAUCGGAUGGAUCAAUGAAGAAAUCUCAAAGCGAGGCGCAUGUCGAUUCAACUUUUAUUGGAAGUCAUGAAAUUGGAUACAUUGAAGAUUCUCAACUUGCAGCUGCAGCUUUGGAGAGCCAGUUGGAUGGGCAGCUUUCUUCUGCUGAAGAUGAAAUAUCUGAGGAUGAUUCAGUACAACGGAAAAGUUCCCAAUCUCCGCCCUCAGAGGAAGAUUCUCCCAACUGCGGCGGCACUCUUGAUUCGAAUGGCUUGAAAGAAAUCUUUGCCCCCGAACAAGGCGAGAACUUUGAUUAUGUUGAGGUUGCUCACACAGCAGCAACAUCAAGAUCAUUCAAUUUCAAUUCGAUCCCCACCGAGGUCUAUGCACCUUUUCCAGAAAUCUCGAUCAACGCUCCCAAUAGUCUACCAUCACAGAUUACUGCAUAUCUAAGCAAUGUCAAGAAGAAACAUGAAGGACGUUUCAAGCCAUCCAAGAUCACGAGAAAUCUUACCAAUGAUGAAAGGGGUCAUUGGCUAGUCGAGUGUUCAGAAUGGCCAUUGGACACCCAAUACCAAUUUUGGCGUCGUACAUCCGAGCAUAUACGUCAAGGAAGAUUGGGCUGGGGCGUUAGCAUGCAUAGGAAUGCUGCUCCAAACUCUCUAGGUAGAAUAUCAUUAUACUGUUGGGGCGAAUGUGCUGAGCACAUUUGGCUUUCAUUGUGGUCUUGCAGUGGUGGAGAAUUGGUUCAUACUCGGUCAUCGUGGUUGGACGCUGGGGAAGACAUCAUCAUACGAUAUAUCUAAAGAGCAAUAAUACCCUCAUAAUUAGCACAAAUAUGCAUUGUCCUCGAGGAUGAGGUUUUCUACCAUGGAACACAUGGUUAAGGCGCGG